AUGGCCACGCGCCGCUCUCAUCAAAAAUCACGUCAUGGGUGUAGCAAUUGCAAGCGAAGGCGAGUGAAAUGUGACGAGAGGCGGCCAUAUUGUCAAAACUGCACUCAGCGUAAUGACACAUGCGUGUACAUCGCGCCAGUCCCCUUCGUUUUUGCGGGCAAAUCGGAGCGGUCGGGAAGAUCGUCACCAAAUAUCACGCGUGAUGUAAGAUCUUCAUCCGAGGCUAGCAGCUCCGUCAAUAGCUAUAUUUCCGCCUCGGGGGCGACAACUGGGGCCCCGCCAUUGAACUUGGCCCAUUUGGAGCUUGAGCUCCAGUGGAUCACGCAUACACACAAGCUUUUCGCAAGAAAUGAAGAAACAAGAAAAGUUUGGGAAAUACCAGUGCUUCAAGAGGCACUACACAGUCCGUUCUUGAUGCAUGGAAUACUGGCCAUCUCCGCAUUGCAUCUUGCUUAUCUUCGCCAGGAUGAACGCCAAGCAGAGUGGAUCAGUAUUGCGAUCGCACAUAAGAGCACGGCACUAUCUAUUUUCUCAGAACAGUUGCAUAACAUCGACGAAUCCAAUGCAAGAGCAAUGACGAGUUUUGCCGGAAUUGCAGUCGUGUUCAGCUUUGCGAGCGCACUUCAUUGCUCCGACUCUGACGACGGGCCUAGCCUGAAUGCCUUGAUUGAUAUUUUGAUGUUGGCUCGUGGGGUUCAAACAGUCGGAAAUCAAGCAAUGGGGUUUCUUCGACACAGCAAUUUUGCGCCUCUGUUCAAUAUCACUGACCCCGGGGCGACUGUCCCCGACGAUGUUCUUACGGCACUCAAUACUCUCGAUGACUUGAAUGUUCAGUAUGGUCAGCAAACGGAGGGCCAUAAUGUAAAGUCUUACGAACGCGCGAUCUGCACAAUGAAAGAGUUGGCUCCAUUUACCUAUGCAGAGCCAACGUCAUUGACAGUUGUGGGCGGGUGGGCUAUUCGAGCACCUCCAGAAUUUUUGGAAGGGCUCAAAAACCGCGAACCUUUUGCUUUGGUCGUCCUUGCACAUUUUUGUGUGUUCUUGCACAUCACUCGAGAGAACUGGUGUAUCGGAUCGUGGGGUCGGCGUAUCCUUGGGGAAAUAGUCCUGAUUUUGGAAGCUGACUGGCAACGUCAUAUAAAAUGGGCAGUGGUACAAGUAUUGAGAUAA